UCCUUCCUGGAGCCUCCGCUGAGGCUGAGGCGGUGAGGCGGCCGGGAGGGGGGGCGGCUAGUGGCUGGAGCGACACGCGCCCGUCGCGACCCUAUGCAGUGACUCGUGCGGCGCAGGCGCCUCCUGCCCCGCCGGCGGGGCCCAGGCUUACCGCGGCGGGAUGUUCUCCCGAAGGAGCCACGGAGAUGUGAAAAAGUCCACGCAGAAGGUGCUGGACCCCAAGAAGGACGUGCUGACCCGCCUGAAGCACCUGCGGGCGCUGUUGGAUAAUGUGGAUGCAAGCGAUCUUAAGCAGUUUUUUGAGACCAACUAUUCUCAGAUAUAUUUCAUCUUCUAUGAAAAUUUUAUAACACUGGAAAACAGUUUGAAGUUAAAAGGGAAUAAUAAGUCACAAAGGGAGGAGCUGGACUCCAUCCUUUUUCUAUUUGAAAAAAUACUGCAGUUUCUACCUGAACGAAUUUUCUUUCGAUGGCAUUACCAGAGUAUAGGCUCAACUUUAAAGAAGCUUUUACACACUGGAAAUUCUAUUAAGAUAAGAUGUGAAGGAAUCAGACUGUUUCUUUUGUGGCUUCAAGCACUUCAGACAAACUGUGCAGAAGAGCAGGUGCUGAUCUUCGCUUGCCUAGUGCCUGGUUUCCCAGCGGUCUUGUCAUCCAGGGGUCCCUGCACGCUGGAGACGCUCAUCAACCCUAGCCCCAGUGUAGUUGAUGCAAAAAUAUACCCAGAGGAAAUCACCCCACUUCUGCCAGCCAUAUCGGGGGAGAAGAUUGCUGAGGACCAAACCUGCUUUUUUCUUCAAAUACUGUUGAAAUACAUGGUUAUUCAGGCUGCAAGCUUGGAGUGGAAGAAUAAGGAGAAUCAAGAUACUGGUUUUAAAUUUCUUUUUACGUUGUUUCGAAAGUAUUAUCUUCCUCAUUUGUUUCCAUCAUUUACUAAGUUAACCAACAUCUAUAAACCUGUACUUGAAAUUCCCCAUUUGAGACCAAAACCAGUAUAUGUUACUGUAACUCGAGAUAAUGAAACAAUUUACAGUACAAAGAUUCCAUUCAUGGCAGCUCGUGUUGUUUUCAUUAAAUGGAUUGUAACUUUCUUUUUGGAAAAAAAGUAUCUAUCUGCAACACAAAACACUAAAAAUGGAGUUGAUGUAUUGCCUAAAAUCAUCCAGACUGUUGGUGGUGGUGCAAUACAAGAGAAGGUUCCAGAGCUGGAUGGUGCUGGCUCCACAGAGCAGGACAAAAGCCAUUCUAACAGCAGCACCUUGUCUGACCGAAGACUCAGCAGCUCCAGUCUUUGUAGCAUUGAAGAGGAGCAUCGGACAGUGUAUGAAAUGGUGCAGCGGAUCCUCCUGUCAACACGGGGUUACGUGAAUUUUGUGAAUGAAGUAUUUCGACAGGCAUUUUUGUUGCCUUCCUGUGAGAUAUCUGUAACAAGAAAAGUAGUUCAAGUAUACAGGAAAUGGAUCCUUCAGAACAAACCUGUGUUCAUGGAGGAACCAGAUAAAAAGGAUGCUGCCCAGGAAGAUGCUGACAAGUUAGGACUUUCAGAGCCUGACUCCAAGGAGGCCUCAUCUGAAAGUUCUGGUCAUAAACGGUCAUCUAGUUGGGGACGCACGUAUUCCUUCACAAGUGCCAUGAGCAGAGGGUGUGUGACAGAGGAGGACAACACAAAUGUGAAAGCUGGGGCCCAAGCUAUGUUGCAGGUCUUUCUUACAAAUGCUGCAAAUGUCUUUUUGCUGGAGCCCUGUGCCGAAGUCCCCACGCUUCUGAGAGAGCAGGUGGACGCCUGUAAAGCUGUUCUGAUUAUUUUCCGGCGAAUGAUAAUGGAACUCACAAUGAAUCAAAAGACGUGGGAGCAGAUGUUGCAAAUCCUUCUCAGGAUAACCGAAGCUGUCAUGCAGAAGCCAAAGGAUAAGCAUGUAAAGGACUUGUUUGCCCAGAGCUUGGCAGGGCUGCUCUUCAGGACGCUUAUUGUGGCUUGGAUCCGAGCGAACCUCUGUGUGUACAUUUCUCGGGAGCUCUGGGAUGACUUUCUCAGGGUGCUGUCAUCCCUCACGGAAUGGGAGGAACUCAUCACUGAGUGGUCUAACAUCAUGGACUCCUUGACAGCUGUGCUUGCAAGAACUGUGUAUGGAGUUGAAAUGACAAACCUACCUCUAGAUAAGUUAAGUGAACAAAAGGAGAAGAAGCAGCGUGGAAAAGGUUGUGUCCUAGAACCCCCAAAAGGAACUGCUGUUGGGAGAUCCUUUUCUCUCAGCUGGCGUAGCCAUCCAGAUGUGACUGAGCCAAUGAGAUUCAGAAGUGCCACCACAUCUGGAGCACCAGGAGUGGAGAAGGCAAGAAAUACUGUCCGCCAAAAAGCAACUGAAGUGGAGGAGCUCCAACAGGCAGAGAGUACAGCUGCAGCCGACUGUGACUAUCUUGUGGUGGGACAACAGCAGGUACCCCGGAGCAGCAGCACCUCUGACAUCACUGAGCGUUUGUACUCAGAUUCUUCUCAAGGUUACAGCCCCACGCUGCCUCAUCCAGCUUUUUACAUGACUUCUGGGGAUCAGAGCUCAGGUCCUCAUGCUUGCACGGCAGGCCCUUUACCAUUGAGCCGUCUCCCCAGCACAGGUCAAAAGGUAGAACAGUCACAGAAUCUGAGCUCUUCAGAACCCAAGUCUGUUCAAGAGAGUAAAGGACAUGUGACACAUGAACAUGAAGGAAUAACAAUCUUGGUUCGAAGGAGUAGCAGUCCUGCUGAGCUGGAUCUGAAGGAUGAUUUACAGCUGACACAUGGAAGAUGCAGGGAGAGACAGAAAAGUGAAAGUACCGGUAGUGACACAGCUGUGGGCUACAGCAAUGAAGCAGAGCUACCCGUGAACCCGUGGCAGGCCUGUGAGGAGGACCCGGACCUCAGCACUCCCACAGAUGCUGUGGCUGACUCUGACGCCCGCCAUUGGUUACAACUGAGUCCUACUGAUGCUUCAAACUUAACAGACAGCAGAGAAUGCCUUGCAGAUGACUGUAGCAUUAUUGCUGGAGGAAAUCUUACUGGUUGGCACCCAGACUCUGCUGCUGUGUUAUGGCGAAGAGUCUUGGGAAUCCUUGGAGAUGUGAAUAACAUCCAGUCACCGAAGAUCCAUGCCAAGGUUUUUGGCUAUCUCUUUGAACUCUGGUACAAACUGGCCAAGAUACGAGAUAAUCUAGCAAUAAGUUUGGAUAACCAGUCAUCUCCGUCUCCUCCUCUCUUGAUCCCACCACUCAGAAUGUUUGCAUCAUGGCUAUUUAAGGCUACAACUCUGCCAAAUGAAUAUAAAGAAGGCAAACUGCAAGCCUACAAACUGAUCUGUGCCAUGAUGACCAGACGCCAGGAUGUUCUGCCAAACUCUGAUUUCCUGGUGCAUUUUUACCUUGUGAUGCACCUGGGAUUAACCAGCGAGGACCAGGAUGUCUUAAACACCAUCAUAAAAAACUGCUCACCCCGCUUUUUCUCCCUCGGUUUGCCGGGCUUCUCGAUGCUGGUGGGGGACUUUAUCACUGCUGCUGCCAGGGUCCUCAGUACAGACAUGUUGGCGGCACCCCGUUCAGAAGCUCUCACUCUUCUUGGUUCCCUUGUCUGCUUCCCAAAUACCUACCAGGAGAUCCCUCUGUUGCAGUCAGUGCCAGGAGUGAGUGAUGUCGUCACGGGAGCCGAAGACGUCAAGCAUUACCUCAUAAAUAUUUUACUGAAGAAUGCUACCGAGGAACCAAAUGAAUGUGCAAGAUGCAUCGCCAUUUGCUCCCUCGGGGUCUGGAUCUGUGAAGAGCUUGCACAGUGUGACAGCCAUCCUCAGGUGAAGGAUGCCAUCAAUGUAAUAGGUGUAACUUUGAAGUUUCCUAACAAGAUCGUGGCUCAGGUAGCCUGUGAUGUUCUUCAGUUGUUGGUUUCCUACUGGGAAAAACUUCAGAUGUUUGAAACUGCUCUACCAAGAAAAAUGGCAGAAAUCCUUGUGGCCACAAUUGCAUUCCUUUUACCAAGUGCAGAGUACUCUUCAGUGGAAACAGAUAAAAAGUUUAUUGUGUCCUUGCUCCUUUGCCUCUUGGACUGGUGCAUGGCACUGCCCGUGAGUGCCCUCCUCCACCCUGUGUCUACAGCAGUUCUAGAGGAGCUGCACCCAUCCCGGGCUCCCUUGCUGGAUUAUAUCUACAGGGUUCUGCACUGCUGUGUCUGUGGCUCAAGUACAUACACACAGCAAAGUCACUAUACUCUGACCUUGGCUGACCUGUCAUCCACGGACUAUGACCCCUUCCUACCUCUGGCAAACGUGAGGAACUCUGAACCAGUGCAGUGCCCUGCAUCAGCAGACCUGGGGAACCUGCUGACUGUGGAAGAGGGUGGGUAUGACUACAGAUAUACAAUCUUAUGUUCAGGAAAAGAGAAGAAGAGAAGAAGUGUGGAACUGAUCCCCCUCACUGCACGAAUGGUCAUGGCCCACCUGGUGAACCACUUAGGCCAUUAUCCACUGAGUGGGGGUCCUGCCGUGCUGCACAGCCUGGUCAGUGAGAACCACGACAAUGCCCAUGUGGAAGGGACUGAGCUGUCCUCGGAGGUGUUCAGGAGCCCAAACCUGCAGCUCUUUGUAUUUAAUGAUAGCACCCUCAUCUCCUAUCUUCAGACACCAGCAGAAGGAUCAGCUGGAGGGACUUCAGGGGCUUCCCUCUCAGAUGUGAGGGUCAUUGUGAGGGAUAUCUCAGGGAAGUACUCUUGGGAUGGCAAGGUUUUAUAUGGACCUCUGGAAGGCCGUUUGGCACCCAAUGGAAGGAAUCCCUCAUUUCAGAUUUCUGGCUGGCAUAAUCACAUGAGUGGACCUCAGAAAGAUUUGUUUCACAGUGAGGAGGGAGAUGAUGUGCUUGACAGAUUACUUGAAAACAUUGGCCAUACAAGCCCCGAAUGCCUUUUACCAUCACAACUAAAUCUAAAUGAGCCUUCCCCAACCCCAUGUGCAAUGAACUGCGACCAAGAGAAGGAAAUCAUCGAGGUCAUCCUGCGCCAGAGCACACAGGAAGAUGAGUAUGUACAGAGGUGUAACUUGAAUUCUGCAGUAAAGGUCACCAGCCAAGGUCAACCCUCACCUGUGGAGCCCCGGGGACCCUUUUAUUUCUGCAGGUUGUUGCUUGAUGACUUGGGAAUGAAUUCCUGGGACAGAAGGAAGAAUUUUCAUUUGUUGAAGAAAAAUUCAAAAUUAUUGAGAGAGCUAAAGAAUCUGGACUCACGUCAGUGCCGCGAGACCCAUAAAAUCGCAGUGUUUUACAUUGCUGAAGGGCAAGAAGACAAAUGCUCCAUUCUAGCCAAUGAAAGAGGAAGCCAAGCAUAUGAAGACUUUGUUGCUGGUCUUGGAUGGGAGGUGGAUCUCUCAACCCACUGUGGGUUUAUGGGUGGUCUUCAGCGCAAUGGCAGCACAGGACAGACGGCACCGUACUAUGCUACCUCGACCGUGGAAGUAAUUUUCCACGUUUCCACUCGGAUGCCAUCAGAUUCAGAUGAUUCACUCACCAAAAAGCUCCGUCACCUGGGGAAUGACGAGGUCCACAUCGUCUGGUCUGAACACUCCAGGGACUACCGCAGGGGUAUUAUCCCAACAGCCUUUGGAGACGUUUCCAUCAUUAUUUACCCAAUGAAGAAUCAUAUGUUCUUUAUCACAAUAACGAAGAAGCCUGAGGUUCCGUUCUUUGGGCCCCUGUUCGAUGGAGCGAUCGUGAGUGGGAAGCUGCUGCCAGGCCUGAUCUGUGCCACCUGCAUCAAUGCCAGCAGAGCGGUGAAGUGCCUCAUCCCGCUCUAUCAGAGCUUCUACGAAGAGCGAGCUCUGUAUCUGGAAGCAAUAAUUCAAAACCACCGGGAAGUCAUGACAUUUGAGGAUUUUGCUGCUCAAGUCUUUUCUCCCUCUCCCAGCUACUCUCUCAGUGGAACGGAUUAAAAUACAUACUCGUCUCAUUACGAUUACUUGAGCAAGGGAUCUUGACCUCCAGCCUGAGUAUGGACCCAAGAAAAUCCUCCCUGUGGAAGAGAGAGGCAAGACUCCCCUGAUUUCCCCAACACCCUCAAAAUCCAGACUUCAGGAAACUGCCACUAUACCAGCACGUGCAGCAAGCCUUCCCCCCCCCCACCCCACAAGGUCAGAGGUGAUCCAGUUUGUGUGGAACCUUCAAACAAGGCUGUUGUCCCUCUUGUCUUGGAAUCUCACCAAACCUUGGGCAUCAGAAGAAGAAAAGAAAAAGUCACCAUCAACCAGGAACAAACCUACUGUCAUAUGGGCAAUAGAGAUACCUGAAGUCUCGAGGCAGAAUACAGUAGCAAAAGGUUUGGGGCCCACAGGGAAAGGGCAGAGGGCACUUGUCUGUAUCACAGAAUCAUUUUCCUUUCAUUUAUACACCCACCCAAGCUUGAUUCCCAAAAGGGCUGACAAAACAACUGUAUAAUUGUUGGAGGAAUUUCCUCCAUACUGAUUUUGCUAGUCCUUAUGUUAAGAUUUAUAGUUUACUCAAAAUUUCAUCAUCAUGGAAACUGGCUGUCCCCAGAGUCUUUUCCCAUAGGAAGUUUCACCUCCACCAUUGAACCUUUUCCACCUGGAGCUGAGGCUCCACUGACUUAAGAUUCUCCUGACAACACAGAGUUCUGUCAGGUGUUGUUCCCACACAGAGCGAGCAGGGGCAGGGGGUGACCACACAUGAAAAUAUAAGAGUAUCCACAUUAGAGCACUAAGCAGAUGGGUACCCCUGCCCAGCCCAGCCCAGCCCAGCACCACACAUCAACACACAAGAUUAGUGCCCACUCCAGCUCCAGGGCUGAUCAACACCCCUAUUGUGUCCAGUGCCCCUGAAAGCUCAUCUGCAGUCUUCCUCCUGCCUGCUGUUCAAAGUCCAAGACAGGCCUCGGAAACAGGACUUAUCACAGGAAUUCUAAGGUAACAGAUUCCAGGCAAUAGGUUUGAUCCUUUUAAACACACAAACGCGCACACACACACAGACACACACACACACAUACAUACACACAAGAAUCAAAUUUUAUAUAUUGGUUCUAAGGAAGGUCUGUUGUGUGUUGUGCCUAUUAGGAAUGGGAAGGAAGGAGUUAAAUGUGUCCCUUACUGGACAUAGACAUCUUGGACCUUAGAAUCCAGCAACUAAGAAUUCACAGGGAAAACUUCUGCGUAGUCACACACACAUACACAACACACACACACACACACACACACACACACACGCCUCUGCCCUGGCUCUGGCGCUAUCUCAGAGCUCUAGUGUUACUUCAUUGCCUGCUCUGCCUCAGAUCAAAACAGAAAAUGCAGCAGAGGCCAUCCCUUGCUGCAUGGUCCUGCCACAUGACACCAUUCCCAGCACACAUAUCUAGAUGCGCCCUUCACGCAAAGCAGGAAAGCAGCCACAGAGGGGCUCAGGCAUGGGGAAGAGUAUCCUGGAUGCGGCCACCUCCCUACCUUCCUCUGCCCUCUGAUCUCACACACGUUACUACUCCUAGCCUGCUUGGUCACUUCUCUGAGCCUGCUUAACCACCUCAUCAAUGUCCAUUCCCCCAGAGAAGCCAGUGUUUUAUAAUCUACUACAGAGCUGAUUUGACUGCUCCUGACCUUGGUAGAGAAAGGAGCAGAGCCAGAUGUCAUGCCAUUCUUGUAGUGAGUGAGAAUUCUGAGAAACAUUCUAGGAGCACCUUCCCACUGCAGGGAGAAUCCAUCCUCCUGCUGUGAAGAGAACUCAACAGCCUCUCAUCCCAGGUCCACAGACAGAAGUACCUGAGAGCUGCUUAAAGAUCAUAGAGCAGGACAUCACAAAGGAGAAAAAAAGGGGGGCCCUAUUCCCUGUGUGCUGAUUUCUAAGGGUCCAGGAUGCUCACUUAUUGGGAAGUUAAUGGUGAUAGAAGGGAAAUAGACUAUUGUAACGUUUCCCAAUGUGUCAGUGAAACCCUGGCUCUUAUCCCACCCACUGUUUGUGUGUCUGUGUGUGGGGGCAGUAUUGCUCAGACUUCUGUUAAUGAACUGCUACUUUGGCGUUUACAAAGUACCCAUACCUGUAGAAAGCACCUCCCAUGUCCUGGGCGUUAAAGGCCCCUGCAGCACUCAGUCAUAAAAUGGCUUCUGCAGGAGCACUGUCUUUAGGACCCAUAAACCCCUGUUGUGGAAUUCUUGUCAUUUUGGAAGUCUUUCAUUUUCAUCUUUUUCAGUCAUAACAGAACCCAGGGCCACAACCCAGGUCCCAGAGGUCCUCUUUAACUCACAGAUGUCUGUUCAUAAUUUCAUUUGCUUCCACAGCCCUUAGACUUGGAGUGAGAAAUUCAAUUGGAGGUAGCAAAUAAUUUGAACUUCUUGUAACCUAAUGAUUUUACCAACCCCACACCCAGGUUAACAGCAGCAGUUUAUGUCUGUUUAUGUUUUACUUAUUUAUUUAGUCCUUGGGUCUUGGGUUGGUAAUGGCUCUGGUUAGAGACCUAGGAGCAGGAGAGUAGGUCUCUGGCAGCCAUGUUAGAUUGCAUUCAGCAGCUCUUGUUAUUUAGGGUGGAAAAUUGAAAUGAUCAAGUUUGGUGUUUCCUUUUGUCAGUUAGAAAAGCAAAUAUUGUGUUUUCAUAAUAAAUGUCUUUUAGCAAAAUUGCUAAGGGUCACUCAUCUGGUGAGACCCUCCAGAGAGCCACUCGUCACAUUAGUAUUAGUAGGUCAGCCAUCUGUGAUAAAAGUGUCCCUAAUUACCAUAAAGUGUGGUAAGACUCUCUGGGCUCCUGCGGGGGCCUGGCCAGUACCCGCCUUUCUCCACAUGCUGACUUCCGGAUGUCUAUAAAGAGGGAAACUGAUGUUUAUAGUCUUGCUGAUUAGACUUUCAUGCUGUAAAAAAAAAAAAAAAAAAAAAAAAAAAAAAAGUAACUCCACAAAAUUAGGACGUUUUAAAAA